GGAGAAAUGGUCAGAGCUUCUGUCAUUGGUAAAAUGCACUAUUCUUAGUGAAAAAAGGAAUGAUGACAUGAUUGCAUUUCUCCUCAGUGAAAGCAGCUUGUUUGUGUCCAAAGAACGUGUCAUCCUAAAGACUUGUGGCCAAACAACGCUCUUGAAGUGUAUCAAACCACUGUUAGAACUGGCCAAGAAUGAGUGUGGGCUGACUGAAGUGCAGGAUUUCUUUUACUCGCGCAUGAACUAUCAAGAACCCAAACUUCAACCUGCUCCUCAUCAAACAUUUCAACAGGAGGUCAGUAUUAUUUAAUCCAUUUUUUUAGAUGGUGCAGGAUACGCUCUUGGACGAUUGAAUGGUCCUGACACAUGGUUCUUAUACACCCUGGAUAACAUCCUUCCUGGUGUGACCCAGCCAGACCAAACACUGGAGAUUUUGAUGCAUGAUCUUGACCGAGAGGCAAGGAACAAGUUUUACAAGUCAAGUUCUUCUAAUGCAGAUGAAGUGACCAGAGUCACAGGCAUAAGUGAAUUUCUCCCUGGAGCCUUGAUUGAUGCUGCUUUGUUUGAUCCUUGUGGUUAUUCUGCUAAUGGCCUCUUGGAUAACAGCUACUUUAGCAUUCACGUUACCCCGCAAGAGGAAUGUUCUUAUGCCAGUUUUGAAACCAAUGUUAAAGUGUCAUGCUACAAGGAGCUGAUAUCCAAAGUUCUUAAGACUUUUAAGCCUGGAAGAUUCCUCAUGACUUUGUUUGCUAAUGAGGGUGCGCCAUGUGGCUUUUCAUACAAGACUUUUCAAGAAGGAUCUAUACCUGGAUACAAACUGGAUGAUCUGCAGUUGUCACAAAUGAAGAUGUAUAAUCUGACCUAUGGCCAUUACAAAAGAAUCCAUGAGAAGCUUCCAUAACCUUGAUAAGCUGCAUCAACCAAGAGGCAUACAUUAUACUCAACUGAAAUGUAAAUUUACAACAGGUAGUACACCAAAGCUACUGAAUGUAUAUGUAAGGUUUUCGUUCAGAAAUGUAACUGUAUUAGCAAGAGGAGUAUCUAAAGUAACUGGAGAAAUUCUCCAAUCUUCACAGUCUAAAGGACACAAUCCCUAUGUGAUUUUAGUGGUAAAUUUGUGAUAAAUGUCUGGUGGUUAAUAAUGGCCUAACUCUAUUUAAUCCUGAUGACUAAUCAAUGCCUUGACUGACACUUUUUGACAUGAAAAAGGAGCUAAGGGGAAUAUUGAGCUCUACUUAAGUAUCUCAUGCACCUCUUUGCUUUCAUUAUCUUUGAGGUUGAUACUAUAAAGAUUUUACUCCUGAGUAAAUGUUUUAAAGCUGGGAGUAAGAGCAGUUUGGGGCCUGAUAAACUUCUCAUCUAAAAGGCAGAAGAAAUUAAAAUACCUCAGUCUGCAGGCAAGAAAUGCCUCUUACUAACUGAGUUUGAGGUCCAUACCGCAAGUUAUGGACUCAAGUUUUUUUCUGCUCAGAUUUAUGGCCCAGGCAUAUAUACAAAGUGCACAGAAAGUAAAUCCGAGCAGAUAAUAACAGCGUUAUGUAACUUGGAGUACACACUGAGAAAAGGAGUUUAAGAAGGUAGUUACUACAUCUUUGAGCUCAAAUAGAGGGGGAAGAUUACAGUUUAAACAACCCUUUGAAUUUAGUGGGCACUACAGUGAAAUAUUGCCCAUUUAAUUUACCAAUUAUAGCAAACAUACAAAUUUAGAGAUACAAUAAAAACUGUCACAGCCAUCAAAUGCAAUUGUUAUAUACCCAGACUUUCACUCAACAAAGCACUGUGAUUGGUUUUAGGGUUAGGGUUAGGGGUUACAAUUGCACAGUUGUUGCCUGCGCACCAAAUAUAACAGCAUGUUUUUGCCAUGAUUGUUUAAGGGAAACUCUAAAUAUAUAACAAAGCUCUUAAUGUAUGAUCCCUCACGAAACUAGUUAGUUUUGUUUUCCCUUAAGUCCUGAUGUUUCCCUCAACUUCCUCUCAGGAAACAUUGGGACUCUUGGGAAAACAAAACUAACUGUUUCCCCUCAGGACCAUACAUUAAGUGCAUAAUGUACUACAGAGUUCAAACUAUAUUUAUCAUACUUUUCUUUUACCUGGUAUAUUAUGAGUUUAACUAUUCUGAUAUUUAUUUGCCAAAGAUUAUCUUUCAUUGCUUAGUGUUGGCCAAGACUCUGAUAACUACUACUUAAAUUAAUAUGUAUUUUUGCUCUCGGUGUAUUGGAAGCAUACAGAACAACCUGUAAUGCUUCCAACUUAGUGUAAAGAAUCAAUAGGUUCCUUCAUAAGGGAUUGUAAUGGCCUUUUUAUAUUUGCUACUUAACAACAAAAACAACUGGUCAUUUAUAUUUGUAUUCAUUUAAAAAUUAGGUUUUCAAAUUGAAUAUGAUGUUAUCAAAUACCUGCCAUUAAGUCUAUUUUGUAACUACAACCAUAACAUAAAAUAAAUGAGAAGUAACUACCAGUAACUUACAUUCUUAACAUUAUGACUGUCAGAAAACUUAUCUAUUAAACAUGUUGCUUAUGCAGUCAUUAAACUUGA